UUUCCAUUAUACAUUUCAUAUUAUCCAAGUUUCCUUUUAAAUAUGAUGAUGUAAUAUUUACCAAUUAUUUAUUUAUAAAAAGAUGGUGUUAUUCAAUACAGAAAAGAAUUGGACAAAUCAAUAAUUAUCAACAAAAAACAACACUGUUUAUUCAUCAUUGUUACCACGUUACACUUAGCUUCUAAUAGCUAACUGAAAUAAUCAUAUGGAUUUAAUUGUAUUAUUGAAGUGAUUUUAACCAUAGAUAAUUAUGCCAAUUUUUAAUCAUUGCCCAGUUCAAGCUAAAGAUUAUUGUCAAAAUGGUGGAGAAUGCUUUUAUUUAUCCGGAGAUCCAAGUGUAUAUAUGUGCAGCUGUUUUAUGCCAUUCUAUGGACCGCAGUGUGAACAUAAAGCUCCUGGUAAAGAUAAACAAAUUGAAGUUGAAGAAAUACAAAAAAAUAUAAAUCAUCAUGAGAAUCAUGAGAAUAAUGAAGGUUUUAUGAUUAAAAGAUCAGUUGAUCGUGCAAUGACAUUGACUGCAUUAAUAUUCAUUGUGGUCACAUUUUUAGGAAUGUUAAUUUUAGCUUGGUAUAUUUCUAGGCGUAGACGUAAAGAUUAUGCUAGAUGGAGAAAAAUGACCGAGUUAGCAAUGAAGUCAAAUAUCAAAGAGAAAUCUGACAAACAAACACAAAUCACAUUUGAUCAUUCUGAUGAGAAGGAAACUUCUUCAAUAAAUAAAUCGAUUCAUUCUUUGGAUAAUAACAGUCAUUUUGAUGAUGGUGAUCCUGAGGUGGAUAAUGAUAAACAAGACAUAGAAGCCCAAUUUGAGCAAGCCAAAACCAAUUCAGAGCAUAAUGAUCAUUGUCAAAAACAAAAUGAUGAAUAUUCUGAUUUUAAUUUACGAAAUGAAGAAUUAUCAGUUCAGAACACUUCAAAGAUUGUGGAAACAAUCAAAUCUAUUGGUGAACUGAAUGCCUGCAAAGAGAAUAACAUAAAUCAAUUCAAUUCUGAUAUAACUAUAACUUCUAAUACUAUUACUGAUAAUAAUGAUUAUAAUAAUAAUAAUGUUACAGAAUUAUCAAAUAGCAAUCAUAAUGAAUUAAGUCAGAAAAAACGAACUAAAAGUAAACGAAUAGCAUCAAACUCAAACAAUCAACUUAUAUCUAAUCAAUCUGUAAUAGAUCGUAAUCAAUUAACUGAUACAUUGAAUGAUAACAUAAUGAAUAGUGAUGAAUAUACAGAUUUGAAAGAAGAAACAAAAGAGAUAGAUGUAAAUGUCAUAAAAAAUUCACAUACAACACAACUAUCAAAGAAAUCCAACAUAACAAUACGAAAUGAUGAAAUUGAUCAUAAUUUGGAUCCAUCUAAACGUCUGUCUAUGGAAAAUCAACAUCAUCUUAAUAAAACUUAUGCUCCAAUUGUUAGUAAUACAAUUGGUCGUAAAUUAUCUAAUUCAAAUUAUCCUAUAGCAAAUAUUUUAAGUAAUGCUAUUUUAGAUAGACCAUAUAUUAAUGCUGAUGAAAUUCAUACAUUAUUCGAUCCACAUUCAUCUAAUUCAACAUUGAAUCCUUAUCAUGAUUUAGAAUAUUACAAUCCGAUGAAUACAAAAAUAAGUUCAACUUUACCACGUGAUUAUAAACAAGAAAUAUAUACAACUAAUGUAAAAGAUCGUAAUAAUAAUAAUAAUACUAAUAGUAAUGGUAAUAAUAAUAAUAAUAAUUCUGUCCAUAGAAACCAACCAUCUCGUUAUUUAACUAAAGAUUACAAGAGUAAUAAAUUAGUUUAUGGACAACAAGAACCAUUUAUUGUAGCAUCACAACAUGAUGCAUUAUUAUCAGAAUUAUUACAUCGAGGUAUGAAUUCAAAUCCUGGAGAAUCACGUCCAAAAAGUACAUUUUAA